UAAAGAGCAGGGGAGAUGGCUUCGCACUUCAGAAGGGCGCAGGCAGCAACAAGUGCCCAGCACCGCCUCAGCUCUGCUGACACUCGGGCCCACACUCCAUCCGCUCAGCAUCAUGAAGGUCCCCGUGGCUGCCCUUGCCGUCCUCCUCUGCACCAUGGCCCUCUGCAGCCAGGUCUUCUCUGUACCAUUCGGUGCCGACACCCCAACUGCCUGCUGCUUCUCCUACGUCUCCCGGCAGAUUCCGCGCAAAUUCAUAGCCGACUAUUAUGAGACCAGCAGCCAGUGCUCCAAGCCAGCCAUCAUCUUCCAAACCAAAAGAAGCCGGCAGGUCUGUGCCGACCCCAGUGAGGCCUGGGUCCAGGAGUACGUGACCGACCUGGAGCUGAGCGCCUGAGUGGCCAGUGACCUCGGCAGGCUGCCUGGAGCGCAGGGCUGGGCCUUAGAAACAGCCUCGUAACCUCCACUGCUACCUCUCCCGUGGCUGCCUGCUGCCAACAACCACACUCUGGGACUCUUCCUAUCUUACAUUUCCACUUAUUUAUACUAUUUAAUUGUUGUAAUUUAUUUUCAAUGUCACACUGUAUUUGGAGCUGGCUCCAAGAGAUCCUAAGACCCCUCCUUCACUGCCCUUCUCUUCCCCCUUCACUUGCACUGUGAUUGGUGACAAUUGAGUGACUGUCAUCAGUUUGUUCUAGGCAGAGGUGGCACCAAAGCCACCAGGCUGACAAAUGUGUAUUCGAUGUUUCUGUCCGGGGCUGCGUUCAGCCCGGAGAAAUAAUAAAGAUGGUCUU